CCCAAGUCUCAUUCUCAUGCAUGGACAACCAAUGAAUAUACAAUAUAUGUAUGGGGACUUCUAACCAACAUGUUUAUCGAUCUUUACAACAGCAAAGUAGCCAUAGCAGAUUUACACAGCAACGUGUAAAUACUUUUUUAAACUUCUCUCAGUAAGUCAUUUACAAGAAAAAAAAUUAUGUCCAUAGCCAAUGGGUUAUGUCUUAUAUCGACAUAAUCUAAAUUAUUUUUUAAAAAGCAAAACCCUCUUAAGCCAAUGUCACGAAAGCCACCAAUUUGCAAAAAAAGUUGUGGUCCACUUGUAUGCCUUUCUCAGCUGUAUAAACACUCCUUCUCAUCCAAUCUCCACCAUUAAACUCACCCUCUUUGAGUUCUAAAGAGAGAGAGAGAAAUUGACCAUGCAGCCAAAUUAUGAUAGCUCAAGUCUUAACAACAUGCAACAACAAGACUACUUCAACUUGAACAACUACUACAACAACUUAAACCCUUCAACCAAUAACAACAACCUCAAUAUCCUCCAAUACCCUCAAAUUCAAGAACUCAACCUACAAUCUCCGGUAAGCAACAACUCCACAACUUCCGAUGACGCAACUGAAGAAAUCUUCGUCAUCAACGAGAGGAAGCAAAGACGUAUGGUAUCUAACAGAGAGUCAGCAAGAAGAUCAAGAAUGAGAAAGCAAAGACACUUAGAUGAGCUUCUCUCACAGGUUGCUUGGCUUCGAAGCGAGAACCACCAGCUUUUAGAUAAGCUUAACCAAGUCUCCGACAACAAUGAUCUUGUUAUUCAAGAGAACUCGAGUCUUAAAGAAGAAAACUUGGAGCUUCGUCAGGUUAUCACAUCCAUGAAGAAGCUUGGAGGAGGCAUACAUGACAAAUAUUCUUCUCCGUCGUCUAUGGAUGAAUUGGAUCAAGACUUUUCUUCUAUCACAGAUGAUCCAAGAACUCAUCAUCCAUCAUGAGUUGUUCUGAUCGAGAAAAACAUUACUUCAAGUUUCUGCCUCUAAUCUUAUCUAUUUUCUUUCUUUGGUAUCACUUUUUAAACCGUUUAACUACGUACCAAAGUUUGGGUUUUAUUUGUUUUUCUGUUGUUUUGUCAGAAGAUAAUUAAAUGAUGGAUAUUUGAAGAUGAUGCUGUAAACAAAGAUUUAUAAUUAUAUACAUAAAUUUGGAAAA